AUGGGUGCCACUGGAGUUGAGCGAUGGCAGUGCGUCUGCAAGGUUCCGUUGAGCAUUCGCACUGCGCCGAGGGGGAAAGGCGAGAUCGUGGCUGUGAUUGGGCCUGGGGAUCUGGUGGCCUUCACCCCCUUCCCGAAGCGGCCGGUUACGCUCUCGGAUCUCUCGGUACAUAGCUUCCUGAGAUGUCGGAAGUUGGAGGCAGCGGAGGCCAGCUCGGAGUCUGAGCAAGGCUGGAUCUCGUGCAACUCCGAAGACGGGGUGCACUUCAUCCCGUUCACCGGCAUGGGAGACCUCGGCCAGGCGUGGAGCUGGCAGAGCUGGUUUCAGAGGAGUUCGUCUCAGAAUCCGUGGCUGAAUCAACUGGCUCGGCUAAAGCUUCCGGCCACAACAGGCUUGGAGGAGGAUGUGGGCUCACGCUUGCUGCUGGAUGCUCGUGUCCGUGGCAAGUUCACAGGCAUCUUCGUUUGUGAUGCUUUGGCGGGCUUCGGCAUGGCUGUCAGGCCGUCCAUGGACAGGGUGGCUCAGCGAUGGAUUCGUGAGAACUUUUCCGUCGAAGUCGCCUCAGUCUCAAGCCUGGAGCUUGCAGCCUUGCUGGAAAAGCGGACAGUGGAGGAUCGGCACCGACUUGUCUUGCUGCUGGUGCAGGAGCCACGUGCCUGGGUUGCCAGGGCGCGCCUCAGCGGUUUCCCCGGUGCAUCUUUAGCGAGAGAGGCCGAGGCGGGAAAGUUGGAGUUCGCCGCAGGCAAGGGCACUUGUCUGGAACACUGGUUGCAGCAGCCCGUCGAGUGCUCUGGCAACUUGCACUCCGAAGGGCUCAUGUCCCUAUGGGCCUGGUUCACGCAAGAUCUUGCCCGUGCAGCGAUGGCUUCACGGCAUGUGGUCCUCUGCAGGGUGGAGGAUCUUCUCUUUGACUCUGCGGCUGUGGCUGUGGCACUACGACGCUUAGUAAUCAAGCAGCAGCCUGCAGACGCACCUGUGCAUCCACCGGCGCAUGACAUGUGGUGGCACCAGGCUAUCGAGUGCUACAGGCAGUGUGGUUCCUUCACGUGCGAGCAGGGCGAUGCCAUCGAUGCUCCCGUUGCCGGUCUUAGAGGAGCCCUUGGCUAUGCUGAGCAGGAUUGGCGGACCUGGGCCUCGACUGCAGUGACGCAGCUGGACGAAGCCAGGAUAAACUUCCGCCGGGCAACCUCCUCCGAUCAGGAUGAUGCUCAGACACUUCGGCUUGACCCAUCGGACAGCAGAAAGUACACGCUUGAGGAGUUGUGCAGCAAGUAUACCAGCCUCUCGCGUUUCGAUGCCGAGCAGUACUUUUGGAGCCACUGUUGGACCACAGAGGAUUUUUCGAGUCAGACUCGGCCUUUUGAGUUCGAUGGCGUUUGGAACUAUUCGUCUGGAUGCUGCACCAUCAAAGCUGGAGAAAUUAGCUGGCAGAGUGGACUGCAGACCUACAUCCAAGCCACGAGCGAUGUUGCGUUCAACAUGGAGCUGGAUGGAGAGAUGUUUCAGGGCAAGCUGGCAGACGGCAAUCGCCUCAUCUUCAGCGACGGAGACGUCUGGUGUCGGGAGGUCACAGAGGAUGGCGGCAGCACCUCCGCGAGGAGCCUCGAAGCAGCGGGCCGUCCUGGCGAGGCCGACCGCGGUGCGGCUUCCGAAGUCCAUCUCCCUGCGCCAGAGGACGAGCUCGACGAGCCAGUCACCAUCGAGCCGGAGGAAAGCCUCGGGAACACGGUUACCAGCGAGGCCGCAGUGCUGGAUGCCGUGGCAGGCAUUUUCGGGGAGGCCGUGGCCAGGUCCGAUGUGGAUGUCGCACGCCGCUGCCUGCAGCAAGUGGAGCUUCUGGGGGGCCAAAAUGCAGUCCAGCACGUGCUUGCUCAUCCAGCCUCGGCGGAUGCUUUUGGCCACCUGCCGUUCGUCGGUUCAGCUGCUGAUGAUUCCCAGACGAUCGUCAGGCUCCUUCUCGAAGCACGGGCAGACAUCGACGACCUGGCAGCUUCGCGAAGCAAGGUAGCACUGGCCGCACCCUUCAAUGCCAGUGGCAAACCCGCAAAAGGUUCUGCAUCGACAGAGCGGGAUUCGAGCUCGUCAGACCCUGUGGACGUGUGCUUCCAGCAUGGAGAUCGCAGGGCAAAAGCGAACCUGAGCCAGAAUGGGCUGAAUGUCGAAGAUCCGGACCCACCAAGUGUCUUCGAACCUGCACAGGACGCAGACCCGAGAAGUGUGCUGGGACUCCUGCAGGCAGAGUGUCGAGCCUGUGGACUUCAGGCUGAUGGCACAGAACCAGAACUGGUCGAGAGGCUUGCAAGGUUUCUUGUCCGGAGGUCACCCGCAGUCAAAGAUGACGAUAGUUCGCAACAAUCUCGCCUGCUGGAGGGGGUUCGAAUCGUUGAGGCGUGCAGCCUGCCGGCAGGUCCCUUUUCCGCAGCGUCGUUGGCUGCCUGCGGCGCUCAGGUCUUGAAGCUUGAGCUGGACCCUUUGCCAGAAGGGAAAUUGAGUGAAGCAGAGCUUUCCCAGCAGUGCAGCGGGGCAGCCUCCAGUUGGUGGAGUUCUGUACCUCAGCCAUUGGCGCUUGACCUGGAGUUGCCCUUGGCCCGGCAGGUCUUGAAGCAAACUGUCGCGGAGUGCGACUGCUUUAUCCACAGCUUCAGGGUGAACUCGGCUGAGCGGCUGGGCCUGGGAAAGGCCCGGCUUGCGGAAAGUCCACAGCUCCUGAUCGUCAGUCUGUCAGGUCUCCAGAGCCUCAUGGGCCGGCCGUCUUUGUUCGCAUUCCAGGGCUUCGUGGAGAUGGAGGACGGCCAGCCCCCGUCCUCCCAGUGCAUAUCCGCCACGGUUGCUGCGAGCACGAUUGCGCAGCGCAUUGAGAGCAUCCGGGCCGGUGACCGCUCAGGACGAUAUGUGCGCGUGUCGGUGACGGGACCUGGCCGCGUCAACGAGGCUUUCUCUUAG